UUUAUUUACACGUGAUUGAUUGUAUUUCUUUGCCGAGCAGUUUAAUAUUGUAUAAUCGGGUAGUAAGACAUACAGAUAACCUUAUUUGAAAACGGAAGAAAGAAGUCUCGCGAGAGUGUGGAUGCACGUGAUCUGUGCCCUGGCUCAGCGCCGUUCCGAGUUGAUCAAAGUAAAGUCUUUCUGCGUCCAAAUAGUUAUCCAGCAAAGGCGUAUUUGGAAACAGCGUAUUUCAUUAUAUUUUAACUAGACAGGUGUUUUGGCUGUGAAAUGUGGCAGAUUGCGUGUAUAUGUCGUUAGCCGGUAUAGCAUGUUAGCAGUAUUGCUAUGACAGAUAACAAAAUCUGAAUAAUUGUUAGCUUACGAGAUAGUUAUGUAAUAAGGUGGGGAAAGGACCGUUUCAAUGUUUUAAAUUCUAUGUUUGUAUUGAAAACUUAGCUAACUACAAAAUAAGAAUCAACAGCCACGUUCAUACACAAAUGUAUUAUUAUUAAAUUGUCAAAUUUUUAAUUUUGUUUUUAUAAACAAAAGGCUACGUCAUAUUUUAUGACACGUGCAGACUACAAAUCUAAUUAAAAGAGCGGAAAUUCCUAUUCAAGAAUCAGUUUUGCCAUUUGGAAACUAUUUAGUUUUCUGCUUGUAUACAGUUUUCAUGAUAUUUGUUAUAUGGGCUUGUUCCACACAGAUGGUUCCAAAUUACAUUAAUGUAUGAAAGUCACUGAAACGUUAAUGAAGUCUGUAUGAAUUUGCUUUAGGGUUAGUGGCUCAGUGGGUACCACUGCCUCAUGCUUCCCUGGGAGGGGGUUCCUAACCCUAUCCCGCUCCAUUUGCUGUGGCAUUUGUAUGUUGUACAUUUUCUCCCCAUUCCAAAGGCAUCCAGCAGUUAGGUGGUGUUUCCAAAAUGCCGUAUUGUGUGUGCUCCUGUAAGUGGCAGGCAUGCCAUCCCGCUUUGUGCCCUGUGCUUCCGAGAAUAUAUUUCAGGACCCCAUUGUGACGCUGCACUGGAUAAAUGUUUGGAAAAUGGUUGUACUUACGAUCCCCUACUACUCCCGCACAGCUGCCGCGCUUAAAGGCUCCAUCUGUUUCCCAUCACUGACUUCUGAUAUGUCAACACAAGUUAAGGUCAUCGUGGUUGGUGCAGGGAGCCGUGGGCAAACUUACUCAGAAUUUGCUCUGCUGCAUCCACGUCGCGUGAAGGUGGUUGGUGUGGCAGAUCCAAAUGCGUUUGCUUGUAAGAAACUGCAGGAACUGCACGGCAUUGCUGACGAACAUGUGUUUGACGACUGGCACGGUGUUGCGCAGAGGGAGAAGUUUGCUGAUGCAGUGUUUAUCUGCACGCCGGACCGGCUCCACAAGGAGCCAGCAGUGGAACUAGCAAGACAAGGUUACCACAUCCUGCUGGAGAAACCCAUGGCUGUCACCUCCAGGGACUGCAGUGAGAUUGUAGCUGCCUGCAUUGAGAACCAUGUAAUGCUCAUUGUGUGCCAUGUACUCCGUUAUGAUCCUACGAUUCACAAGAUAAAAGAGCUUAUCGACAGUGGUGCCAUUGGGGAUCUGGUCCACAUUCAGCAUUUAGAACCGGUUGGAUUCUACCAUUUUGCCCACUCCUUUGUUAGAGGGAAGUGGCGGAACGAAGCCAAAAGCUCCUUCGCCCUUCUGGCAAAGUCCUGCCAUGAUAUCGACCUCAUCCACCACUGGGCUGGCGGCCGCAGGUGUGUCAAGGUGUCAUCGUUUGGAUCUCUCUGCCACUUCACCAAAGACAAUAAGCCUUCUGGAGCUGGUGACCGCUGUUUGGACUGUCCUGUUGAAGCAUCCUGUCCGUAUUCUGCGUGCAAGAUUUAUCUGGAUAGAGUUAAAAAGGGGCACGUCCGCUGGCCGGUCUCGGUGCUGUGCCCUAGCUCAGUUCCCGACAUCGAGACUGUGACGGAAGCUCUGCGUCAGGGUCCUUACGGCCGCUGCGUCUACAGCUGCGACAACGACGUCUGCACCAACCAGGUUGUGAACAUGGAGUUUGAUGGAGGUCUCACUGCUGCCUUCACCAUGGUGGCUUUCACAGAGGAGGUCUGCAGGCGCAAGACCACCAUCCACGGGAGCAAGGGUGAGCUGUCCUAUGAUGGUUAUAGGCUCUCGGUGUUUGACUUCCUCACGCAGACGAGGACAGAGCAUACGGUAGACAUACAAGUGCUUGGAAACUUCUCCUCACAGGGUCACGACGUGGCCGACUACUGCCUGGUGGACACCUUUGUCUCUGCUGUGGCGAACAAUGAUUCAUCCCUGAUCCGGUCGGGACCCGAGGAGACCCUGGCGAGUCACAGGCUGGUGUUUGAGGCGGAGCAGUCUCGGCGGGAGAACCGGGUGAUAUUCUGUGGAAUGGACCAGGAAGUACAAGGACCAAAGCAGGAAGUGGUGAAACAACCACAUUCCCAAAGCCCUGCAAAUGCUUAGGGGGAGGGCUGGAAAAAUACUUUGGGCCUUUGAUUGGCCUACAUAGAAUAGCAUAACUACUGUUAGAAGCCGUGCUUCACUUCAAAAAUAGAAGUACUAAUUCCAAUUCUAGAAGCUUUUGACUUGCAAUUAAGAUGAGCAUCGCUAACUUUUAGCAACUGUAAAUUAAGCAAUGCUUCAUUCUAAUCAUUUUAGAGUUUCUACAGUAUUGUCUGUAAUACUAAACUGUCCAGUUACUGUGAAGAGAAAUUAAUAUUGUACUGUGACUUUUUUAAAUUACGUUUUUAUUUCUAAUUAGGACAUUGUGGGAGUACUAUAUAAUUGAAGAGUUUUA